AUAACAUGUCAUGAUCAUGGUCAUAAUUCAUAGUAAUUAUCUCAAUAUAAAAAUACCACUACCCACAGUCUAUCGUCUAUAAACUCACAAAUUUGUUUAAAAGUCAAUUAUUGAUUAUAAAGUUUUGACAAAUUAUUAGGGAUUUCAGAACAGAAGAAAUUUCAACAAAUUACAAAAUAAGUGAAUAAAAUCUAUCCUAGCCUAGCAGGUAGCAGGUAAAAUAAAAUAACAAAAAUAAUAAUUAUUCACCUCAAAUGCAGUAAGUGAUACUUUACCGCACGUAACGAUAGUCAUUAAGUGUGGUAGAGGCACUUCUCGCAUGUGUUAGGUAUAAAAUUAUACCUAUUAGCAUCUAUAUCUCCAAAAGAAGGUGUUCAGUUUCGUCUACGAGCCCUGUAUAUAGUUGUAGGUUAAAUUGAGUAUUUAGGAUGUCAAAUCCUAUUUGGGAAUGGACCUUGAUUCGUUUUUUUUUUUCUUCUUUAUUUUUUGUUUCCCUUAAUUCUAAUUGAAUUGCGCGUUUUAUGCCUGAGAAUUGAUACUACGGCUUUACUAAAUUUGGCUAUAUAAAAUGCGCGCGUUAAACAUUGAAAAGGAUAACGGCAAAGUCCUUACAUUGACGACCAGUAAAUCAGUCGCCAAAAACACUCCGUCCGUUUCGUGUGAUUCGAAAAAAUAGGCCCGCGGUUUUUUCGCUUGCCGCGACCGAUUAAAUCAAGAAUCAAGACGGUUUCGUUUGUACUCCUUCGCAUUGGACUUGAACUUCCUGAAAGAGCUGGCCAGCUGAGUGGAGUUUGGAAGUACAGCCAGGUAAGGUGAAAAAAUAUCCUUUUCAGUUUCUGUAUCUUUUAAUUUCAAUUCAAAAUCUUUCAUCAAUUACCAUUCUAUCAGCCACCUGUGGAUUUUCCAGUUUUAAUUUCGCAUAGAAGGCAUUAUUGAAAUUUCUGAACAUGAAAGGAUUUUUGGGUGUAACUAAACACCGAAUCCACUUUACCGUAUACUAUGCAGUCUACUUCACUGCACAUUUCCACACUAUGCGGUAAAACAGUCACAUUGAAUGUGCCGUGACGGUCAUAACCGCCGUCAUGCGUGCUAGUCAUGACUCACUAACAUCACUGGGUAUCAAGAUAAAUAUACUUAUUAGAGGACUCUCGAGGGGACUACCUACAAUUGCUGGAAAGUUCAGCUCAUUUGGAGUUCCAGAGAUAAAAUCCCGCUGAGGAGUGAGCAGCGAAUUUUAUAAAUUUUCAAUUUUUCCGCCGCUCUUUUUUCAAACAUUUUGGCUUCAAAUCCAAUGCAAAGCUCAAAAUACAAUAGUUACAACAAUGAUGAGUUUGGGGGUGAACCAAGUAAUCACUUAAAGACAGGUAAUCUAAACAUCUAACUCAAUCGUCCAUUCCCUUGAAAAAGUAGUAUUUUUAAAAAAUUGCGAAGUUUGAUCUGGGAAACCCACAUUUCUUUGCUACCCAUAUGGUGCUUGCCUGAGAAAACGUAAACACUUGAUAUUUAGAGGUUAAGUAAUUUAAGGUGAUUUGUCAGUAAAAUAAGCAAUAAAAACACAAAAUUUGCACAGAAAAAAAUACUAAAUAUGGAUUUAACAAUACUAUUUAAAGCCUGCGUGAAAGCGGUAAAAGUGAGAAAUAAAAAUAUCGGUUUGCAAGAACAAAAAACCAACAUUUUACGAAAGAGCCCCAGAGACAUUCACCUUACAAAAGCCAAGGAAAUUGUCAGGCAAAUUACCAACUUGCAAAGCUUCUUGUUGGAAAAUAAAGCUGCCUAUUUGAACGUUAUCAACUAUUUGUCGACAAAUAAAACCAUGACUGAUAUUGAUAGAGAAAAAGUGGAUCAAAUGGCCGAAACUAUUGUAAGUACUUGUUCGAGCCUUAUUAGCGAAUAUAAAAAGGAAAUUCGAGGUUUAACAAAGGGAAAACAAAAAGAAGAACAUUAUCAAAGUGUCAUAGAGAGCCUUGAAGCCUAUUUAAAAAACGUAUCAAAAAUUUACACUGAAGCCAAAGCCGUGAGAGUAAAACGAGUCAUUGAUACACAUAACUUAUCAAAACUAGAAACUAAACUUCCUACUAAGGAGAAUUUAGAAUUCUCCAAAGCAAGAAAACCUAGUAUGGAUGGCUCAGGAGAUUUUGCAAAAGUCAAAUCUGCUCCACAAACACCUUCACCAAUGAAUUAUGAUGAGCAACUUAGCCCUGAAGAUAUUCAAAUGUUUGAACAAGAAAAUGAACAUCUUUAUAAUGAAUUGAAUAGUAUAUCUGAUGAAGUUAAACAAAUGGAAGGCAAAGUGGUGCACAUAGCUGAACUACAAGAGCUCUUUACAGAGAAAGUUCUUCAGCAAGAAAAAGACAUUGGAAGGAUUUCUGAUAAUGUUGUAGGAUCGACAGAAAAUUUAAAGGAUGCUAAUGAACAAAUAAGGCAAGCCAUUCAGAGAAAUGCUGGCUUGAGAGUUUAUGUGUUAUUUUUCUUAUUAGUUAUGUCUUUCAGUUUGUUGUUUUUAGAUUGGUAUAAUGAUUAGUAGGUAAUAAUUAGGCUGGGUAAUUUUUUUAAUUUGUUUGUAUGGUUUAUUACCUAGUAUAUGUAUUUUAAUUGUAAAAUUAAAUUAGGCAUAGGUAUUUUUAUUAUUAAAUAUAAUAUUAUUCUGCUAUUGUGAUCAUAUAAGUACCAAGUUUUUUUUGACCUAAAAUUUCAGUUACAAGAAAAUGCACUUUAUCUUAUAACAAAGUAGCUGCAAGGCACAAAUUUGGUUAAAAUCUGAGUUAAGCUUAAUAUGUAGUGUAGGUACAACAAAAUAAAUAAAUUAAAAAAUAAAGACAUAUCACAGACAAAAGCGCAAUAAUAUUGUUUGCUAAAGUAUUUGAAAACCAAUGACCAAACACAAUUGACUAGUUGAAAAUGAGUUCUGCUUGAAUUGCUCUUUUUACUGGUAUAGUUCUAUUUCUUUGGCUAGUUUUUCUGCCUGGUAUACCUUCAUCUCUCUCACAAGAAGUACCAAAUUUCAAUGAGUUUUCAACGCCUUCCAUACAAUUCAAAAUUGAUUCUGUAGUUUUGGAUCUAAAAAUUGUUUGAAGCAUUAAUUCUGAUUCUGUAGCUGUAGUUGAUUUACAAUUUCCUAGAAAGAAAGGCUGAAAUGGAUUCUUGAAUAACAUUUUCUCCAGGAGAUUUAUUAUCUUAUUGAUUUGAUUAGUAGUUUUGGACUUCUAGGUACUUGACUCCAGUUUGAAUAGUUGUAUUAUCACUUCUCACUCAAGUCAUUUUGUUUCAUGUACGUGGACAUUUUUAUUUGAUGAUAUUCAUCAUCACUGUCUCAAGUGAUUAUAGUCAGUAUCAUCAAUUCACAUUGCUGAAGUCUUUCAUGAAGGCUCUUGGAUCCCAAUGAAAGAAUGGAUCAUUUCUUGUGGAUUCUGAUUUGGAUUGAUGCAUCAUUUAUAAUUGCAUGAAAAAGUGAUGUUGAUAUUGACUAUCUGAGUCUGGUUCAUCUUUUGUAUUUUUUAGUGUGUUGAAUAAACAUGAAUUGUAUUGCAAAGGUUGGUCCCUCUUGAAUGUAACGGCAUAACAAAGUCUUGCAUAAUCAUAAUUUCAUUAAAAAAAAAUGUGUAAUAUAGACAAUAUAGUAAGCAAAAGUGUGAAACAUUUUCCUACAUAAAUAUAGUUGUUUUUAUUCAAAUUCUGGAAUGUCGUCAAAAGAAUAACCAGGCACUUCUUUGUAGGCAUAAUAAGCUAUGCGCACAUGAUAGGCACCGGGUAUAAACAUAAUAAUUCCAAGAAUUAUCAUUGGCCACAUUCUAUCAGGAUAUUCCAGCACCAAUCGUCCACUAAUGGCUAAUGAACCAAAAACU